AUGGCUCCGCUAAAAGUGCGCAAGCCAGCUGCGGUCAUCUUUGACCUUGUGGCCACCGCCACCAAGUCCUUCUUCAUCGACCAGAUUCUCUUUCCGUACAUCAAGCAGAACGCCAAGAAGUACCUUGUGGAGAACUGGGCAAAUGAAGUCGUGCAGAAUGACGUGACGCUGAUGCGAAAGGCCUCAAAGAAGGACGAGGCGGCGCCAAAAAUCGCCGAGCCGGGGGAGGACGCCGGCAAGGUUCAGGAGAGUGUCGCCAAGUACGUCACCUACUGUCUGGACCAGAAAAAGGACAACGAGGGCAUGACCCUGUUUCGAUUUCACGUCAUCUUUGACGGCUACGCCAAGGGCCGCCUGGAGACGCCGCUGUACACUGACGUGGCUGUGCAGAUGCACCACUGGACGGUGGAGGACAAGGUGAAGCUGUACCUGUUCAGCAAUGGCUGGAAGGAGGCCACCAAACGAUACCUCGCCAAGACUAGCAAGGGCGACAUGAAUCUUCUCAUUUCGGAUCACUUUGACACCGAGGAGGGACAACUCUCUGAUCCGGCUACCUUUAAGAAGAUCGUCGGCAAGAUCAAGCAGGCGCCAGAGGACGUGCUUUUCCUCACCCACUGCGCCCCGGAGGCGAUGGCCGCAAAGAAGGCCGGUCUGGGGGCGAUUCUCAUCAUGACCCACCGUCGAGAUGUGAACAAGCUGUCGGCGGAGGAGAAAAAAGAGCUGCCGUACGUGCGCUCCUUCAAUGAGAUCAUCUUCACCGGUGACGCUCCAAAGGCAAAGAACCUUGACGGCAGCUCGGUGGUGGACGAUGAUGACUCUGGAAGUGCUGCUGCCGCUGGUGCUGGCGGAAAGAAGAAGACACCGAGCAAAAGCAGCGUCAAGAGCGGCAAAAAGAAGAAAAAGUCCAAAUCAAAGUCGAGCAGUUCGGGUGAAGGGAAGCCGAAGAAGAAGAGCCGCAGCAGCUCCUCUGGCAGUCAAGCCAAAAGCAGCACUGCCGCUGACUCUGCCGCCGCCGCCAGCGAAUCAGCUGGUAAAAGCAAAAAGUCAAAAGUGAAAAGCUCAUCUGCGGCAAAGAGCUCCGCGGAGGGAUCAAAGACAAGCAACGCCGGCUCAAAAGCCGACUCAAAGGCCAGCAAGUCGCGCAAGUCCAGCAAGGCAAGUGCUCCUGGCUCUAAAGCUACUUCUAGUGCUGCCGACGAAGGCAAGUCAUCUGGUGGGGAAGCUGGAUCAAAAGCUGCCUCAAAGACUAGCUCAAAAACUAGUUCAAAGGCUGGCUCAAAAACUGGCUCUAAAGCCGGUUCACAGGCUGGCUCAAAGUCGACUGAAGGCACCAAGAGCAGCAGCGGAAAAUCCAAGCCUGGUUCCAAAUCGACUGACGGAGCCAAGAGUUCCGGCGGUGGCUCUAAAGCUGCUUCUAAGUCCACUGAGGCAGUGAAGAGUAGCAGCGGAGGAUCCAAGUCUAAAGCCGGGUCCAAAUCAGUUGACGGCGGGAAAAGCAAUGGCGGAGGAGGGUCUAAGGCUGGCUCAAAAUCGACUGAGGGCGGCAAGAGUAACGCCGGUGGCGGAUCUAAAGCUGGCUCCAAGUCAACUGAAGGAGUCAAAAGCAGCGAUGGUGGCGGCGGCGGUGGCUCCNAAUCAAAAGCUGCCUCAAAGACUAGCUCAAAAACUAGUUCAAAGGCUGGUUCAAAAACUGGCUCUAAAGCCGGUUCACAGGCUGGCUCAAAGUCGACUGAAGGCACCAAGAGUAGCAGCGGAAAAUCCAAGCCUGGUUCCAAAUCGACUGACGGAGCCAAGAGUUCCGGCGGUGGCUCUAAAGCUGCUUCUAAGUCCACUGAGGCAGUGAAGAGUAGCAGCGGAGGAUCCAAGUCUAAAGCCGGGUCCAAAUCAGUUGACGGCGGGAAAAGCAAUGGCGGAGGAGGGUCUAAGGCUGGCUCAAAAUCGACUGAGGGCGGCAAGAGUAACGCCGGUGGCGGAUCUAAAGCUGGCUCCAAGUCAACUGAAGGAGUCAAAAGCAGCGAUGGUGGCGGCGGCGGUGGCUCUAAAACUGGCUCUAAAGCUGGUUCCAAGUCGACUGAUGGUGGCAAAAGCAGCGGUGGAGGCGGAUCCAAAGCCGGGUCAAAAUCAACCGACGGAGCCAAAAGUUCUGGUGGUGGCGGCUCCAAAGCUGGCUCCAAGUCCACUGAGGCAGCCAAAAGUGGCGAUGGUGGAGGAGGCGGCGCUGGAUCUGAGUCGGCCGUCGCGGGCGGCAGUUCUACUGGCGGUGGCUCCAAAGCCGGAUCAGCUGCAGGCUCUAAAACUGGCUCCAAGGCUGGCUCCAAGUCGACUGAUGGCGGCAAGAGCAGCGGCGGCGGCGGCGGUUCAAAAGAAGGCUCGGGGGCCGCUGAAUCAGGUGCCCCUCCUGGCUCAAAGGCUGCUUCCGCUGAGGGUGGAAAGAGCAGUGCCGGAGGUGGGGGCAGUGGCGCCGAGUCAGCUGCAGGCAGUGCCGAUGGUGGUGGCGGCGGUGGCUCCAAGCCUGGUUCUUCAGAUGGAAAGUCAUCGGCCGGCGGCUCCAAAAGCGAAGGCAAACAGUAG